UUUCGAUAAUCGAAUUCCAGAAAAUCAGCUGUUUUGUGUUUUGGAAAAUUUAUUUUCUUUUUUGAUAACAAAACCUUAUUGCAAAUUCUCUUACACAAAAACUCCCUCAUAAUGCCGUCAAUAAUAGGAAGUGAGUAUCUGCGACAAGAAUCUCUAGCAGAGGACCCAUGGAGAGAUGCUGAACUUUAUCAGCCGUACGAAGCAGAGACAAUCCUACUUCCUGAAAAUUCUGCAUGUUUGGCCGUGAAGACUUAUCUGCAGAUGUGCAAACUCCCCUUUGACGUGAAAUUCGCCACAAAUGCUGAAUAUAUGUCAUCCGGAGGGAGAACAACGAAGUUACCUUUCCUCCGGGUAGGUGCUUUCUUUGCAUCAGAAUUCGAGCCAAUUGUGAAUCUGGUGGAAAAUAAGGGUAUAAGCUUAACAGAAGACCUGACGGAGUUUGAAAGAUCCGAAGCCAGGGCUUACUUGUCUCUUACGGAUAAUAUCUUCACGUACGCAGAGCUGUAUAUCAGCUACAUGGAUGAAGAUGUUUAUGAGAAUGUUACAAAACCACGAACAGCUUCAGCCUACAAUCCACUCCUUGGCGUCAUUCAGAACUGGCGAAAGAAGCGCCAUGCUCUGAAACAACUGGAUGCAAUGGACUGGAAAGAUCUCACCAUGGAGGAAGUGGUUGAAAAAGUAGCAACAUGCUGUAAUACUUUAGACUCAAAAUUGGGAGACAAACCCUUCAUGUUCGGAGAUAAACCUGUUGAGUUAGACGCCAUGGCAUUUGGUCACAUCUUCUCUAUCCUAACAACACCUUUGCCGAACAAUAAAUUGGCAGAAACCAUUCGUAUGUAUCCGGGACUCGUGGAAUUCUGCAAGCGUGUUGAGUCGAAAUACUUUGUUCAGUUUCAUUUCUAGGCCUCCACCUUCCCUACACAUCAAGUAGACAUUUGUUUAAAUUGUACACAGAAAAAAAUAUAUUUUGUUGAAAAAGAA